AUUAUUAUUUUCUUUAAAAUACAGGUCGGCAACAGCGUUCAAGGAGAAGAGAAGAAAGAAGAAAACAAACACCGACUUUCAUAAACACCAGAGAAAUCGCAGAGCUUUUACGCUUGUUGAGAGAGAGAGAGAACCCUCCAUCGUUGAUUUCGAUGCCUUCCCGUAGAAGAACUCUCCUCAAAGUCAUCAUCCUCGGCGAUAGCGGGGUUGGGAAGACCUCUUUGAUGAAUCAAUAUGUUAACAAAAAGUUCAGCAAUCAGUACAAGGCGACCAUUGGAGCCGAUUUCUUGACGAAGGAAGUACAAUUUGAAGACCGACUUUUCACUUUACAGAUAUGGGACACGGCUGGUCAGGAAAGGUUCCAAAGCCUUGGUGUAGCGUUUUAUCGCGGUGCUGAUUGCUGUGUACUUGUAUAUGAUGUCAAUUCCGCAAAAUCAUUUGAGGAUCUCAACAACUGGAGGGAAGAGUUUCUGAUCCAGGCAAGUCCUUCGGAUCCAGAGAACUUUCCCUUUGUUGUUAUCGGUAAUAAGAUCGAUGUGGAUGGUGGAAACAGCCGGGUGGUUUCAGAGAAGAAGGCUCGUGCUUGGUGUGCUUCAAAAGGAAACAUUCCUUACUAUGAAACUUCUGCCAAAGAAGGCACCAAUGUAGAAGACGCGUUCUUGUGUAUUACCAAGAACGCAAUGAAGAGUGGAGAAGAGGAAGAAAUGUACUUGCCAGACACCAUUGAUGUUGGAAUCAGCAAUCCACAGAGGUCAACAGGAUGUGAAUGCUAAAUGGAUUCUUUUUCCUCUGCUACUUUCACCACCAGUUAUCUCUCCCGCUGAGGUUUUUACCCUAUUGUGUAAAUUUGUUGUUCUUGCGGUAAAUUUUUUUUUUUAAGUAUUACCGUAAUAAAUAAAUAAAAAAAGUAAAAACCCGAAUUGGACUCGUUAGUGUUUGUGGCCGUAUAUUAUGGAUCUCUUUUUUCUACAUUAAUAACGUUUUAUUGUUGUCCAGUACAUUUAUGAAAAGACUUUAUGAGUUCCUUUUU